AUGCCUCCCACGCGGUGUCUAGAGCCCCCCGUCCGGGCCCUCGCCCUGAGGAACCCUCUGUACGCGCAAGCCCGUCGCUCACUAUCCACAAAACCAAGCCCAUCAUCAUCAUCAUCAUCAUCAUCAUCAUCAUCGCAAGCCUCUUCCUCCAAGACGUCCCCUCACAGCACCACCAAUGGCGGCGCCAAACAGCGAAAGCCGUUGACGCAGGAACAACGAGACUUUCUCUCCUCUGCCCUUCGCGUCAACCAAGCCGGCGAGCUCGCAGCCACCCUCAUAUACAAAGCCCAAACCCCCCCGAUUGUGAAAAGACACCCGCACCUCCGAACCCUCAUGGCCCACAUGUACGAGCAGGAAGCCGGCCACCUCGGAACCUUCAACCAUCUCAUUCGCAAGCACCGCGUCCGCCCGACUGCUCUCUACCCCCUUUGGUCUGUCCUCGCCACGGGCUUGGGCUGGUCCACGGCCCUCAUGGGUCGCGAGGCUGCCAUGGCUUGCACGGAAGCAGUGGAAACGGAAAUAGGGGAGCAUUACAACAAUCAGAUUCGUGACAUGCUGGCCAUGAUGUCUCAAUGGCAGGAGGAGGGGUACCAAGUAAGUGACGAGAUUCGCGAUUUGGUCAACACGUUGAGGAGGAUACGGGACGAGGAGCUGGAGCAUCUGGAUCAUGCCGUGGACAACGAUGCCAAGAAGGCAGAACCGCACUGGUUGUUGACGGGCGUGAUUAGGGCUGGCUGCAGAGGUGCUAUUUGGGUCAGCGAGCGAGUCUGA